AUGAGUUCUAUUGGCGGAACCUCUCCGUUCCACUUCUUUCAUUCCCUGUUACUCCUACUAGCCCUUUUCUCAGUCGGAACACUCUCGCAGGCGAGAUGUAGUAAGGAAAACCUUUGCAAGACCGGCUGCUGCAGUAAGGAUGGCUUCUGCGGAACAACCGACGUGUACUGCGGCGAUGGUUGCCAGAGCACAUGCGACUUCCAGGCAGCCUGCGACGCCAAGAAUCCUUGCAUAGACGGUUCCUGCUGCAAUAAGACCGGCUUUUGCGGCUUUGGCCUAGACUAUUGCGCUUCCGACAACUGUGUUGGAAACUGUGACGCCAAGAGCGAGUGUGAUCCAGGGUUUGGCCAACAAUGGGCCAAUGCCACAGCUUGCCCUCUGAACGCUUGCUGCUCAGAAACCGGCUACUGCGGGACUACUCAAGAGUUCUGCGGCGAUAGAAAGUUUAGCAAGCCUACUUGCAACAAAAACUACCCCGUUCGUAGAGUUGUUGGUUACUACGAGGGCGGCGCGGCAAGACGAUCGUGCAACCAGUUCUCUCCCGACGACAUUCCAGCAGACGUUUACACGCACAUUAACUUUGCUUACGCUGUUAUCGACCCUGUCACCUUUCGGAUUACGCCGGCAUUCGAAGACGAUACCAAGACCUACCAUGACCUCGCCAAAGUCAAGCGCCGCCACCCUAGCCUCAAGGCCUUCAUCAGCGUUGGCGGCUGGCAGUUCGGUGAGGGCCCGACCGAGAAGGUCUUCUCGCAGAUGGUCGCCUCUGAGGAAAACCAGAGGGCAUUCAUAACUUCUGUUGUCUCCUUUAUCAACACAUACGACUUUGACGGCAACUAUGUCGUCUUUGCAGAGAACCUACAAGCGGCUCUCAGAAGCAACGGCCUGCGAGACGGCUUCUCUGUAACGGUGCCCGCUGUGUACUCAUACCUACAGUAUUUCGAUCUCAAGCAGCUGUCAGAUCAUGUCGACUGGUUCAGCGUCCUGGCUUUCGAUCUUCACGGAGCUUUCAGGAACCCCGACAGUUGGAUCAACAACAAACUAAACGCCCACACAAACCUCACCGAGAUUGCUGACACGGUCGACCUGAUCUGGCGAAGCGGCGUGCCUUCGGCCAAGGUCGUGAUGGGCUUGGCCUUUUACUCGCGAACCUUUACGGCAUCGAGCACCAAUUGUGUCUCCAAGGGCUGCCCCUUUGACUCGGCGGGCCGGGGAGAGAGAUGCUCGGACGAGAUUGGUCUUGUCAGCAAUGCUGACAUUCACCGGAUGCUGUCCUGGUCCGGUACCAAACCGAGACUGGACAAGGAGGCCGCUGUCCAGGUUGUCAGGUACGAUGACCAGUGGAUAACGUACGAGGACGAGACGACGCUUCAGAUCAAGCUAGACUUUGCGCGCAGCCAGUGUAUGGGAGGCGUCGCGGUAUGGUCUGUCAGCCAGGAUACCAACAGCGGCACCUACUCGCAUGCUCUACAAUCGGCCAUUAGCACCGUGAGUCAGGUCCAGACGCCAACCAAGCCAUCCAACCAAACCAGCCUCAGGAAGCGAGACGAAGGGGACCUCAAACUUGAGAAUGUUCCCCUGGAUUCGUGCAGAUGGACCAACUGCGGCGGAGCGUGCCCCUCAGGUUGGACUGCUAUCCUCCGUGAUGAGGAGGGCAAGAAUUCCAGACCAUAUGGGAGGAUUCUGGAUGCACGACGCCCGAGGUGCGGACCUGGUGCUGCCCCCCGGGAGAAGAGCCCAAGUGCAAGUGGAGUGCCUGGAACCACGGCAUCCUGCGACUCGGGAAGUCAACUGGCUUGUUGUUCAACCAAGACCAAGGAUGGACUGAUCAUUGACUCGAUGAGAAUCUGGGACAAGUGUCGAUGGGAGGGUGAGGAGCCGGUUUGCGGCCCGACCAACGGCCCAGACAAGCCCUGCUCUGAGAUGCAGGACGACCGACACCAUCGGCUUGCCAAGGCAUUCAUGGGUAGUGGAUCAACCACGUGCCUGGUGGGCUCAAAGGUGGCCUUUCACUUUGAGGUGGAACAGAACCUUUGCUGCAAGCCCAAAGAGGAAGAGGAUCAAAACCGAUACUGGGAUCAGUGCUUCUGGAACGCCGACGCCCUCGACGACGGACACUGCCGAGCAGGAUGUCCCCAAGCCUCUAGCCCGACAGGAUACACCAAGUUAGCCCUGAGUUCAAAUGGCGGGUGCGAGUCUGGGGCGGCAGCCUACUGCUGCAAGCCGACAGUCACUAGGAAAUACGACAAGGACAGUCUCGAGUCGUACCUGGAGAGCAAGGUGGCGGAAUGGGUUGAAUCCCCGACCUGCCCAGCCAAAGUCGAUAAGCGAUCCAUUGAAUCAGUCUCGACCGAGGCAUCAAUCAAGGUCGCUCACCGAGAAUUCGAUCCUGAACCGAGCCCUCAUGAAGUUCUUGAAGAGGUAGUCUAUGGGUUCAUAACCGUCGGUGACAACAACCACGAAUACGAGCACGUUUUGGACGCGCAGUUGACCAAGAGGUGGACCCACGUCACCUCAGACAAUAUCGACAUUGUCUAUAGAUACUCUGCCACGGUGAGGGACAUGGUCAAGGACAACAGAGACACUGGCACUGCAUCUCUGUUAUGUCGUCUGAACGAGUGGGACGACUUCAUGGGCAGUGGCGGCACGAACAAAACCCUCACCUGCAGCUUGUCAGACCUACCCGACGAACUCGACGACGAAUACGAGGCGCCGGAGAUCGAAAUCCCAAUCCACGAUGGCCUCAAGGCACGAGACCACGAUCUAGCCCCCCGUGCGAAGGGUGAAGGGAGAGCGCGCCCUAUCGUUGUUACAGUUAAGGGAAAUGCCAACAACAAGAACAACAAGAUCUACUGGGUCAUCUGGUCGCAGCCAUACUACUAUGGUGACAAAUUGGCUGAGAAAAACAAGGACAAGAAGUAUUAUAUGCUGGAAUUUGACCCAAACGACUGUGCGAAGGCCAAGAUUGUUUACACAGACCAAAAGAAUGGACAGAAGACCGAAGGAGAGCAUCUUCCCGAGCUCCAGACCAUGGGGGAUUUCUGGGGCUUCUUGUCUGAAGGAAGGAUCCCCGCCAUCAAUGAGUCUAUUGAGAACCCUCUAAUUGGCGAAGAGUUCGUCAAUGAACUCAACCCAGCGGGCUAUGGGCGAUACUGGGUCGAGACCUAUCUACAGACGAGCUUUGCCAGGUGGCAAGAAGAAUAUGGCAACACCUCCCCGAUGGACCAGAUCUUUCACGCCAUCGGUUCCCAAGAUGAUAGUUCGCACAUGGUUAACACCCAUAGUGUCGUCAAUAACAUGAAGGCCAUAAUAUGGGGUAGGAAACAGUUCAUUGGUGAAAGGAAACUGGGAAGAUACACCAGAGAUACGGGCAUAGCGACUACACGAGCGAUUGGGGCCAUUUACAAUGUUGCAAUCGGCGUCUUUCAAUACCUCAACCAUGACAACAUCGUAGAGUACAUGCGCCAGCAGAAUCUACUGAUAGUUCGUAUAUUAGAGGACGCCGAAAGAUUGAUCCGGCAACAGAUGGAGGACGACGACAUAGAACCCCCAGCCAACAUGAACCUUGCUGGACAAUGGCGAUUCUUUAUGAACGGCCUCUACGAACGCAUAGCGGCUCGCGCUCAACAAACUGCUCAAGAUAGAAUCCAGCGUAUCCGGCAACGCUGGGAAGCGCGCCUUUAUGACAACUUCUUUGCUCCGUGGAGGACUAAUGGUGGCAACGUCGAUGAGCCGGUUGAGGAACAGUAUAGGAUCACCAACUUUCUGUUCUUCCUGGACAGCAUAAGUAGGCGGGUAACCGAACUGAUGAAGCUGCCUAACAACUUUUGGAGCGACGACACUCACCCUGACAGCGGUCCUGGCACAGGCUCUGACGACAGCAAUGACAACGGCGGUGACAGUGACUCUGGCAGCGGCAACAGUGACUCUGACAGCGGCAACGAUGAUCCUAUCAAGGAUCCGGAUUGGGACCCGGAUGUGAACGAUAUCCCCCGACAGUGA